UAGCUUCACCCCCAACAAUCGCUUCGAUAGCGCUAUAAUUUGGUGUCCUCUAGCAGAGACAUCAGGCCUGUCUCAACAGACACUUGCUGGGCUUGUGGAUGUUGAUUAGUCGUCAACCCCAAUCUGACGUAUUCGGACAUUUAUCGAUUUUUGAGUUCGCCGCUGAAUCGUUACCGAUUGUUGUGCCCUGACUGGAAUGCAAAGAACUCCAUCGCGUCAUUCGAAGGACUCUAUCACGAAAAGAAAAGCUGGCGCAACGGAGCUCCAAAACACAUACAUAUAACUUAGCUAGAUUGAUUUGAGUGCGGCUCGUGAUAGCAGACCGUUCCGGGAUCUUUACCCCACUUUUGCGCCAAAGUACCUCCGAACCCCAUCCGUGUUACCAACGAUCGGGUGAUUGGAAAGAGCCACCCGAAAAAUAAGACCAAUGGCCACUGCAACUUCUGGACUCCGUUCCCCGGGACACCAAGAUCCCUCCGAUAUUGAGAACGGGAGUACCAACAAAGAUCAACGCAGAAAUUCCUCUUUAGGUUUUCUCCGUCGCCCUAAGUCCAUAGAACCACUCGGAAGCAAGAGCAAGAAGAACUCCAAAUUCCAAGCAACCGAAGAGGAAUUACGUCGACAGGGAGCAAUGUUGAAGCAACCUCCUCGCCUGCCCUCUCUGUCUCCCGCCCCAAUUCUGGAGAGUUUUGGAGGCGAAGAGCGAGGGCACGCCAAUAACGCUGCCGCGCCUUCGAACAGCACCCCCUCACCCCAACUACAGCAACCUUCCUCUCGCAACUCGAUGAGUACCGACUGCGACCCUUACGCACGCACAGAGAGCAUGACACACCGCGGGCGUUAUAGCUAUGCGAGCAGUGCCGUGAGUGCCGUCAACAACCCGCGUAGGCUGCGUCGGCGUAAGGACCCUACUCCGUACAACGUCCUUGUCAUUGGCGCCCGUAAUUCGGGAAAAACCGAGUUUUUGAAUUUCCUGAAAAAGUCUUUGGCCAUGCCAGCCCACAAGCAUCCCUCUCGCCCCGCCGAGGAAAUGGAAUACCAAGAUCGACAUGCGCCUGCCAACCAGGGCUACACGUCUGAGUACCUUGAAACGGAAAUCGAUGGAGAACGCGUCGGGUUAACGCUGUGGGACUCUCAGGGGUUUGAGAGAAACAUUGUUGAUAUCCAGUUGCGUGGUGUGACCGGCUUUCUCGAAAGUAAAUUUGAGGAGACCUUGAGUGAAGAGAUGAAAGUCGUUCGUUCACCCGGAGUGCGGGAUACCCAUAUUCACUGCACGUUCCUGCUCCUCGACCCCGUACACUUGGAUGAGAACAUCGCGGCCGCAAAAAGGGCUGCUCAAGGAACCCCCAAGGCUUCAGACUCGCCAGUCAUUGGUGUUUUAGAUGAGAAUCUCGAUAUUCAGGUGCUGCGGGCCGUAUUGGGAAAGACCACUGUGGUCCCCGUCAUCAGCAAGGCUGACACGAUUACUACGGCACAUAUGUCGUAUUUGCGGAAGGCGGUUUGGGACAGCCUAAAGAAGGCCAACAUUGACCCCCUUGAGAUCCUCACCCUGGAGGACCAGGAGGAGGAAUACACGUCUUCAGAGAGCGCUGACGAAGAGGAAGAGACAUCCGAGGACGCUGGGGACGACAAGAAAGAUCCCGGCUCACCCUCCACCAAGAGUCAAGGAUCGGGAACGCAAGCUUCGCCUCAAAUUCUGCCUUUCUCUAUCCUGUCCCCUGAUCCCCACUCGCUGGAGGCCGGUGACGAGCCUGUCGGUCGUAGAUUCCCCUGGGGGUUUGCGGACCCUUAUGACGCUGAACACUGCGAUUUCGUCCGGCUCAAGGAGUCCGUCUUUAGCGACUGGCGUACCGAACUGCGCGAGGCCAGCCGGGUAGUCUGGUAUGAACGAUGGAGGACAAGCCGCUUGGAUCGGAAGACUCCCGUCCCCAAUGCUGGGCCCUCGAAGAAGGUGUAUGCUGGGAGGCUGGGCCCCCUCGACCAAGGCCCUCGAGUACGAUAGUGGCCCUCUGACUCUGCUGGAUGCCGCUGGCGAAUGAAGUGUCACUUUAUGAUGUGUAUUUCCAUACGGGUACCAGCCCUCUCUCUACCUACCGGAUGCACGCGAUCUCUGGGUCAGCUCUAUCUCAACCGCUAGUUCGGAAGUCUGGUUGGUCCGAGACAAAACAGCCCGUUGCGUGCUUCAUAUGGUACUAUUCUCCACUUUCUAUCCUUUCUUCUUGUUUUCUUAUUUUUUUUCCUUCUCCCUAUCAUUCUUGUAUGUGGGACAAACCGAGCUCCACAAGGAACACCUUUAGGCAAGCCAGAUGGCCGACGGGAAUAUGACCUUUCCUGUCUGAAGGAUUCUGGGGAAGAGGGAUACAGCGAAGCAUACCUGUAUUUUCUCUUCCGGGAUCCCCACCUACUCCAUCAUUUGUCUUUUGGUACAGUUUCUACUGGCUCCGUU